UUUGUCUAAAUGAAGGCAAUGGCGUGAAGGUCGCCAAUGCCGGCCGGUUUCCCGACCGGAACCAGUUUCUCGGCGAUCCGCCGCUCUCUCUGCUCCUUCCUCUAUCCCUUUUCCAUCCAAAUUUCCAAUCUCUCCCGAGGCCUAACCCUAACCCCAGAGAUGGGGAGCCAGGGGCCCUCAAAGAGGCCCUUUUGCCUCGACUGCUCCAAACCUGCCCGCCUUUGCCUCUGUUCCCGUCUCCAAAUCCCGCCUCUCGAUAACUCGAUCGCCGUCACCAUCCUUCAGCACAGUUUGGAGAAGAAUCAUCCUCUCAAUUCCACAAGAGUUGCCAAAUUAGGGCUUAAAAACCUCGCCGUGAUCCCUGUUACCGAUGUAAAUUUCCAAGCCCAGUUCUUGGUUCGCCCGCUGCAAUUUAAUCGAGAGAUCAGGUCAUCUCUGAUCGAUGGAAACUGCCAGGGGAAGCCGGAUUCAGGAGAUUCGAAUUCUUUGACAACUCAGGUUGCUAGUAAUGAUGAUUUGGGUCGGGGAGUUCUUGAUUCUUACACCAAAGUUUUGGAAACAGAUAUAAAGGAUGAUGUUGCUCGAGUUUCUGGAUUACAGACCGAUAAGCAAAUUGUGCUGUCAUCUAUAUCUGGAUCCGAAGAAGAUGCCCAGAACGAACCAUUUCAAUCAGAAAGAGUGGAUUUUGAUUGUAUUAGAGAUUGCAGAAAAGUCAUGGAAGGCUCUGUCACAACAACCGAGGAUAAAUGUAGUGUAACUUGCUUCAGUAGUUUUCUCACAAUGACUGUUGAGCGCUCUGCAAAGCCCAACAUCAAUUGGGUUUUAGAGACUCCCAUUGGUAGAGCUGCAAUUUCAAAUGGUUUUAUGGUUAGCAAGUUGCAGAGGAAGCAAUUACAGGGAAGUGAGGUAUUUCAAGACUUUAUGGAAUUUGACAUUGUCAUACCUCCUGGCUCAGCCCUCCUCUUUCCAAGCGAGAAAUCAAUCAGUUUGGAAGCAGUGGAUUUUGAGGUGAAGCAUUUGCUUGUUUUGGAUGGCACAUGGUCAAAGGCAAAGCGGUUAUACCACGAGAAUCCGUGGUUAAAGUUUUUGCCACACUUGAAGUUGGAGUCAGGGAAGGAGAGCUUGUACAGUGAAGUGAGGCAUCAGCCAAAGGCCUGGUGCUUGUCUACCAUUGAGAGCAUUGUUUGUGCCUUGAAGACACUAGGGGGCGAUAAAGAUGGGUUAGACAACCUUUUGGACGUGUUCGCGUCUAUGGUUGAGGAUCAGAGGCGCUGCAAGGAAGAAAAGUUCAGAGCAAUGUCUUUGUCAUGAGUGCAUUUGUUGCCUUUGGUUCUCUAAUUUUUCUAAGUUCAUAAAAAUUGUGGAGGUAGGGAUGGAAUCGAAGAUUGAAUGAUCUUUGAAUGCUUUCAAGUCCGGAGAUGCUGCCAUUGAUGGGAUAAGAAUAUGCCAUACCAAUUGCGGGAGCCUAAUUCUUUACUGUUUCACUGAUACCACUGCAGGUGAUUUUUUUAAAGCCUGAAAUCGUCAUCAAUGAUAGGAUUCUAGAUUGAAGGAAAUAGAUAUUUAGUGUUUUAUUUCCUUUUGAAUGGUAGAUGGAUGUCUUUGAUCUCUCGAUUGUUGCCAUUUUUUUUAAUUCCAAGUUGAAGCCCAUACAGAUUUUUCAGAUUUUUGGCUUUAGAAGCAAGAUCAUCUGUUACUUUGUUGAGAUACAAAAACAUGUGUCGAAUAUAACUUAGAGGAAACGACCAUUUUCGGCAAUAAAUGUAAUUCUUGCAAUGAAAUUCAAUUUUGUUUUUGGUUGUCUAA